UCGCGACGAGGGUCCCCCGACAUCCGCCCGUUCUACCGCACCGCGGAUCAGGCGAAAUCGGCGAUUCUCGCGUCGCACCGAUAAUUCCCGUCUCCGCGGAUUCACCUUCGGACGGUCGACGACGCGUCCUCGCCGGAGGAAUUACGCGGUCCCGAUAACCCCGAUACGCUUUCGUGCGAUUCGAUCGUAUCUGCGGGCUCGCGCGAGCCGCGUAAUCCCCCGGUGUUUUCGAUUUCUCCGAGAGGUACCUUGAAUUCUAUCUGAUCGAAUCUAUACGUCAGCCGUUACGUAUACCCGCCACUCGGCCGCGGGAUGCUCAAUUGGCGCAACCGCGUGUCGCCCGAGUCCAUCGGUCGACACGCGGCCGUGUUACACGCGUCUCCGACACGUUUCCGAAUCAGUCGGACGACUCGGCGCCACCCGGAGCGUCGACGAACUCGUGGAUGCCAGUGGUGAGGAGAUCGGAUUUCGCGGGAUGGCAACGACGGCUGGUACCGGUUCGCCCGAGGAUCGCCCCGGCGACGCGGAACGCCGAAGGGAGGAAUCUUCGGCGAUGCUGCACGGGGUGCGGCGGGGAUCGCGCGACGUUCGAACGAGGGGGACGGAGGGGGACGACGUACGCGAGGAGGAGGAGGACGAGGAACAGGAAGUCGAGGUGCGGAUGGUGGUGCCGCCGGACGGCGGAUGGGGCUGGGUGAUCGUCGCGGCGUCCUUCAUGAGCAACCUGGUGGUGGACGGGAUCAUAUUCAGCUUCGGGGUCUUCCUCGUCCACGUCGCCGAGGCGUUUCAAGUGUCCAAGGCCAAGGUCGCCCUGGUGGGGUCGCUGCAGACCGGAUUCUACCUGAUAACCGGGCCGUUCGUCUCAGCGUUGGCCAACAAAUACGGCUUCCGACCGGUGGCGGUUCUCGGGAGCGUCGUCAGUUGCUCGUCCUUCGUUCUCUCCUUCUUCGCCGAGUCCAUACCCUUUCUGUGCAUCUCUUACGGCGUGCUGGGUGGAGUCGGCGCGGGGAUGAUCUACGUGCCCGCGGUCAUAUCGGCGGGCUUCUACUUCGAGCGAUGGCGAGCCCUGGCCACGGGGAUCGCCGUAUGCGGAUCGGGGAUCGGCGGAUUCGUCAUGGCACCGAUCACCGACGCCCUGAUCAACGUUUACGGAUGGCGGGGAGCUCUCCUCAUUCAAUCCGGGUUGCUGCUGAACUGCGCGGUCUUCGGGGCCCUGCUCCGACCCCUGAGACCCUCCCGCGUCAAGGUGCGCGCCGCCGGGGAGCGGCGCGGCGCCGUCAUCGAGAUGGAACCGUUGUUCGGGAAAUCCGGAUCCGCGGGUGCCCUUUACGCGGUCCAGCCCACCGGCCGACGACUACUCGCCACGAACAACAACACCGAAUUUUCCACCGCCGCGGAGAUAGUGAUCGGCAGCAGCCCCGACGUAGCGGUCAACCGCAGAUCCUCGCAUUCCUUGCACAGGGAGUCGCACGGUUCCUCGAGCCAGGCCAAGAGCGCGAAUCAAAGCGGCGAACGAUCGAGCGAUCAGAUUUACCCGACGCCGGAGGUUGUCGUCGAUCAGGAUCUGAAGACCGUCGAGGAGGAGAACAAUUUGCUCGGCGGUGACUUGGAGCGUCUCAACGGGCGCGUGCCAACGACGACGAGGAGGCACACGGUGAGCGGUCGCAGAGACAGAGCCAACUCGGACACCAGUCAAAAAUCGUACAGAUCGAGGCACGCGUCGCAGGCGAAGGAGAACAUCCAGCGACCGUUUUACAGGGACGAUAUAUUCUACGGAGGAUCGCUUCACCGUUUACCCCACUACAAAUCUCAGAUGUCCUCGGUCGGCUACCACAUGUCCGUGACGCGACUACCGACGGAGGCGGACGUCGCCGAAGAGGAGAGCGGCUCCUGUUACCUGUGCCCGGAGGGGGUGCGUCGGAUACUCUCGACCAUGUUGGACGUCAGCCUGCUGAAGAGUCCGUCCUUCCUCAUUCUAGCCUUCAGCGGCUCCCUGACGAUGAUGGGAUUCUACACGCCGUUCACAUACCUGCCGGACAGGGCCACCAUCGCGGGGAUCGAGGAGUCAACGGCCAUGUUCCUGCUGUCCGUCAUCGGCAUAACCAAUACGAUCGGUCGCGUGGUGUGCGGCGUCGUCAGCAGCGUACCCGGUGUCGACGCGCUCCUCAUCAACAACAUAUUGAUCAGCGUCAGCGGAAUCGCUACCAUUCUCUCGGGGCUUUCCUUCGCCAAGGAGUAUCAGUUCUUCUACGCGGCCACGUUCGGCCUCAGUAUUUCCGGUUUCGCCGCACUCCGUUCGAUUCUGAUCGUCGAUCUGAUGGGCUUGGAGAGAUUGACGAACGCCUUCGGGCUGGCCUUGCUGUUCCAAGGUGUUGCCGCCUCCUUCGGUGCGCCGCUGGCCGGUGUCUUCAUGGAUCUCACCGGAAGCUACGACGUUUCGUUCUACAUUUCCGGCUCACUGAUACUGAUCUCGGCCGUGAUCUGCUAUCCCCUCGGUAGGAUAAACCGGUGGGAGAAAAGGCGAGACGGCGAAAGGGCCGAUCGAACGGCAGAGAUACAGGACUGACCGCAGCAUCCGCCGACAUCGACUCCGUUACGCGUCCCGAACCCAAGCGGCGUGUACGCCGACACUCGCGUCGCACGUAGCGAUACGAGUGCAGGUGAUUUACCGUAAAAAAAAAAAGCAAAGCACUCGACGCGUGACGAUAAUCGAAUUUCGGAACAACAAGGGUCGGCGACGUCGGGUACGCUCUCCUCAAGAAUAUAUACGUACACCCGAGAGAUGUGCCGUUGGAAAAUCACACACCGCCUUGCCCGAUUGUCAGAUUUGUAUAUUUUUGUAAUUACCCGCUACAGAAUCGAAACAAGUGUAUCCCCCCCCCCUAUGUGUGUAACGUAACGUGUACAUCGAAUAAAAGUGCCACCGUCUGGUCAUUGA